GCAAAGCAUUCAGGAAAGCAACGCCAUUAUUAUUUACAUUCUGGCUUUUUGUCACAUGAGACGCCUGGCGGAGAGCCAGGAGACCUUGUCAAAUAAUCACAGAGCUUUACACAUGGAAGCACCUCCUACAUUAUUAUACCGUGGUUAGGGCUUUAGAUAGAGGGUGACAGGGUGUAAAUCUUCUAUAAAUUAUCAUGUAAAUCCAUUCUUAUGGAAUGUAAAAGAUGCAUUAUUGCUGUGCAGUUGAACGAAUUCUAAAAUGUGGUUCUUUUACGUGUUAAGUUGGGUUUCCUUAUUCGUACAAAUAUGUUUUGUUACGAUUUCCAUAGCUGCCGGAUUAUACUAUUUAGCGGAAUUAGUUGAGGAAUAUACCGUUCUGUCCAAAAAAAUAAUAAGAGGUGUCAUACUUGUCACAUUCGGAAUUCAUAUUGGGUUCUUAUUAUUUGAAAACCUGCCAACGAGUAUGGUAAUAUGUGGAAUCAUCGCCCAAGUAGCACACUUCUGUAUACUAAAAACGUUUCCGUACGUCCAGUUCAUCUCGCCACUGUUCAUCAUCUCGAUAAUCAUGCUAGUGGUUAACCAUUACCUGGCAUUCACAUACUUUGCAUCUGUCCACUACAGUUUUUCAGAGAUGAUGGCAUAUUUUACCCUGUGUCUCUGGCUAGUGCCAUUUACACUAUUUAUUUCACUGGCUGCAAAUGAAAAUGUGCUUCCAACUGUAGCUGAAGCUCGACCACUGUUAGAUGAUAACGAUGUGGUGAGCAAUUACUUUUCAAGACGGGGAAAGAAAUAUGGCUUGCUUUCUUUCUUCAACUAUGCCAAGGAGUCCAUACUCCCACAACGCACCAAAAAAGCUUUUUAAUGAAGCUCUGAUUUGCACACACUCAUCUACCAGUUUUUACUUUACAGUCUUACUGUUAAAUGUUAUUAGUAUUCAGCACUUUAAUGGUAAAAUUGUGCACCUCUUUUCAAGUACUGAGGUACGAAUAAAUAGGAUGUUGGUGGAUCCUAAUUGACCAAUUAUUAGAGACGUAUUAAAGUAGAACAAGACAAAAUUCAUAUGGUUUGCUCAGACUGUAUAGUAGUGGUAACUGGUCUUACCAGGAAGCAAAUUUCGAUGUAUUCUUUCAUAAAUUUACUCGCAGGUAGGAGGAAUGUUUGCUGAAUCAUUGUUAAGAAGAAUAUUUCAAAAACUAUGUUCAACUCAAGUUAUUGAUAAUUAUGAAAGAGAAAUAGGAAAGUAAACAUUAUUCAUUGUCUUUCACUUUUUGAGGUGGAGAUUCUAAACCAGGAUCUCAGUGUGCAGUCAAAACUCAGUAAUUGUUUGGAAAAUGAUGCUUAAUCACAUCUAAAGUGUGCUCCUUAUAGUGAUGAGAAUUACUCUUUUUCUUGGUACGGUAUAAUUGUAAGUGGUGUUUUCCUAUCAUAAUACGUAUCUCAUACCAUGGGGUUGUAAAUCAAGUUAAUCGAAUUAGAUUUGAUUUACUUAGAUUCUAUCUAUGAUAAGAACAGAAAAUACCAACUAUGACAGGUGCAGUUUGAAUAUGUAAUUUUACACAAAAUCGAACUGUAGUUUGUAUUUCUGUAACGAUAGAUUUGAGAAUGUGCUCAAGGUCGGACAUUGUUGACAUCUGCUGCUUUUGUAGUCUUUUCAAUUUAUAGCUUUCAGUAAACGACACUUUUUCGAUAACUAAUUGAAAAGUAAAUAUUGUUUAGAAAAGUCGAGAAAUAACACACGAAUCUAGUGAAAUAAGUACGUAUUAACAUGUUUUAUACUUUCCAAGAAUGGAAUUUUAUAUCAAACAAGUUUUAAUUAGUAGCGAACAUUGUGCUUAUUUACGAAUAUACUAAAAACCCACGAUAAUUAUGUUCGAGACGUUCUUGUCAUUUAAUGUUAUUUAUUGGAGAGUCAUUUGUGUAUAUUACUUUUUCCAUCAAUUAUUGUAAUACUUGACGUGAAUGGUUAUUUAAUUUGUACAAGAUGUAAACAGUAUAAGCAAAACCUUAGAAUACAUGUAUGUACAUAGAUUAAAAAAUUUGUAUGGAUAUUUA